AGUGCCAACGAAAGUGCAGCGGAGGGAGGUGGGGCGAGACGCGACGCGACGCGGCUGCGUUCGUCCCGAGGUUGCUGCGAUUCUGCCGGGGUGCCUUAUUCCUUUUGCUACCUCGACAGGCACUCUGAAGCUGAGCCGUCUCAUCGGGCGUUGAUUCCAACAGGGACUUGUAUUUUAACUCGCUGUAAAAAGUGCCCAUUCUAACGCGGGGUUAGAAGCAAGAAAGAAAAGAUGCCAGUCUCGUGGGACAGCUUCUCCUCUACGCUUCCUCCAAUUCCGGAGCAGAGGGAAAACCCGCCUGCCUUCGCCUGGGAGAAAAGCGCGUACCAAGAAGCGGCUAGUCGCACGGCUAGGCUGGAGAGCUCCGAUUGCGAGUCCCUCGACAGCAGCUUGAGCUCGGAAGGAGAUGCACAGGAGUAUCUGGAUGAGGUGUCCUUGCCAGACUUCGACUUGUUAAAUGAUCCAGAGGAUGAACUCCUGUGUGCCAAUCUCAUGAAGCUCAUCCAAGUCAGCCUGAACAAAGCCAAGAUCAACUCCCACCGUUCCUCCAAGCUCUUCAUGCCAAGCCAGCUGGUCACCCAGGUUGGCAAGGAGCUCCUUCACUUGGCCUAUAGAGAGCCUUGCGGCUUGAGAGGGGCCCUCAUAGACCUGUGUGUGGAGCAAGGGAAGGGGUGCCACAGUGUGGGGCAGAUCGCUGUGGACCCGGGCCUAGUGCCUACUUUCCAGCUGACGCUUGUUUUAAGACUGGAGUCCCGCCUAUGGCCUAAGAUCCAGGGACUCUUUAGCUCCAGUUCUCCCGGCUUCAGCCAAUCGCUGAAGCUCAGCACUGGUUUCAGGGUCAUUAAAAAGAAGCUCUAUAGCUCUGAACAGUUGCUCAUAGAGGAGUGUUGAAAGUGUCAUCCUACUUUCUUGGUGGAUCGACUGAGCAUUUUCUCUUUAAGAUGGUGGCCAGCACCAGACAAAACUGGGGAGGUGUGUUACUUAAAGGGCUAAGGAACAUAAGCUGAUUUGAGCUGUGGCCACCCUCUGGGUCACUGUAGGUUAGGUUAGAUGGAAGUUUGAUUUACAAAGAUAGUUGGGCAAGUAGUCCAAAGAGGAAGCAGAAAGCAAGGUUUGAGAAUAAAAAUGGCACUUUGCUUAUUAGUAAUUCUGACAAAAAAGCCCACUCCUGGGUAGGCCUGGUUACAGUGUGUUAGCUUUAAAAUCCUCAUCUGACUGUGGGUCAACUUUCUCUUUACUGAUUUAGCAGUAUUUUUUCCUGGUAGCUGAUGACAGGACAGCAGCAGGACUGCCACAAGGGUAGAUGAAGGUUAUCUUUCUCUUUUUUUUUUUUUCCUUGUUGAUCUUUUUUAAUAAAAGGAAAAAUAGAUAGUAAUCAAUGGAUACCUGAAAGGUGAGGUGUGUGGACAGUGGCUGAUAAGUGUUGAGGUCUGAAGGGACCAAGAAUGUGUAGCGAUGUUUUGAACAGACAAGAAGCUCCACUACUGACACAAGGGCAGCUACAAGAGGGCAGCUAAAUAAAGACUUCGGAAUGAAUGCGGGAGUGUUAAUCCACUGGGCACCACUGUGCAACCGUUUGUCUGAAUGAGACUUGUGGGAGGCACGGGGCACUAGGUGGAUUGUGCCCUGGCAUGCUUAGGAAUCCUGAUGUCUGAGGGAGGUGUGAGGUGAUGCUGGAAAGGUGUUGGGAUGGGGGGCAGGAACCCUCUGUUGGUCUGUAGUGCUUCCAUUGAUUACCGUUCACAUGGAAUACACUUGAUGUUCAAGUUCUUGAAGACUUCCUAUGCAACUUGGUUUUUUACUUUUCUAAUAAAAAUGUUUCUAAUAACCA